AUGCACCCAGCGGAGCCGCGAUACUGCGCGGUUACGGCCGCCGCUUUUCCGCGCCAAUCCUUCCGCCGCGUUGUGUCCGUCCGCGCGGGCAGUUUCGACCACCUUUCCUCCGCUUCCGAACCCGCGGGAUUUCCGCUCGCCCAAGGGCGGCGGAGGCGCGGCGGCGGAGCAGCUUCCGCUAACGAUUCAGCGGCUGAAGCGGCGGCAGCGGCGGUAGGGUCGCGAGGAGACCCGGUUACAGCGGCGGCGGGGGCAGCGGAUACAGGCGCGCUUGGCGUUGAUCGCAACAGUGAUGGCGACCGUACCGACGGCGGCGACGGCGGCGGCAACGGCGGCGGCGUUGCGCCGACCAGUCCGCACCGAAGAGCGGUUCGCGUGCUGAGGGACGCGCCGCCGUCCGACACGACACGGCGGCGUGACGAUGCGGCGCCGGCGGCGGCCGCGGCUCCUGCGCCUGCGCGCGGGGGAUAUGCGAGCGGAGCGGGCGCGGGGAGAGCUAGUCGGUACGUGCGGUCGGGCGCUCGAGCGCCCACCGGCGCGGCGGCGCAUGCGGGGGUGACAGCGAGCACUGGGAGACGGGCGGACGCUGCAGGUGCGCCGCGCCGCUUAGCUUCACCCUCCCACUUCCUCCUUCCCCCUCUCGUUGCCCUUCCUCCUCUCCCCUUCCCCCUGAUGAAAUGGAUUCAACGGGUGGAGUUGCUACCUGCUGGUCACCUGGAGCACUCACCAGCGGAUAACCUCAGCAGUGAUCUCCUAGCGUCAGGAACAACCACAGCAGAAUCAGAAGCAGGAGCAGGAGCAGGAGCAGCGGGGGCAGCAGCAGCAGCAGCAGCAGCAGCAGCAGGAGCAGCAGCAGCAGCAGGAGCAGCAGCAGCAGCAGCAGCAGCAGCAGCAGCAGGAGCAGCAGCAGUAGCAGCAGCAGCAGGAGCAGCAGCAGCAGCAGGAGCAGCAGCAGCAGCAGAGGCAGGGGGUGAUCUGCAGCACCGCAUUCAGCUGUCCAGAUGGAUCUGCUGCACCACUGGCUUUGAGGUGUCCUGGACGGCCCGUGUAAUGCGGCUAAGUGAUUCGCCGCCCGACCGCGUGCUGACGUGGCAGACGGUGGAGGGCAUUCCGUGCCGCGGACAGAUAUGGCAUCAGCUACCGCGGUCGCUGGCUCGGAUCAUGAGUGAGCGGGCUCUCUCUGCUCUUAUCCAGUGCUUACCACUUAUCCACCUCCCCACGUGCGCCCUCCUUACCUGCUUCAUGCCUGCUUCUGCUCUCCCUGCACUACCAUCACCCUGCCGACCAAGCUUGCUGGAUUCCGUUCUGUCCCUCCUCCCCGCUGUCGCUUGCUGUGUCGUGCUUACUCCCUCGCCGCCAGGCAACGCUAAGGAGUGA